AUGGCUGCUAAGAACUUGCUUUUUUUCGGCGCGACGGGCCAGAUUGGCUCGUUUAUCCUUGAGGCGAUCCUCACGAAGCGCGGCUCGUUUGGCCGGGUGGCUAUAUUCACUUCCGCGCGCACGACUGAGACCAAGUCGGCUUAUUUGAAGAAGCUGAAGGCGCAGGAUGUUGAGGUUAUCGUAGGUGAUGUUGAGGAUGAGAGUGCAAUCAAGGCUGCUUAUACUGGCAUUGAUACGGUCAUCUCUGCACUCGGUAGAAACACGCUCGCCCAGCAGAUUGCACUCAUCCGUCUUGCAUCCGCCAGUUCUGACGUGAAAUGGUUCCUGCCAUCCGAGUACGGCACGGAUAUUGCGUACGGUCCUGCCUCGGCGCAUGAGAAGCCGCAUCAGCAGAAGCUCAAGGUGCGCGCCGUGCUCGAGAAGGAAAUCUCGCGCAGUGACUUGGACUACUCUUACGUGGUGACGGGUCCAUUUGCGGAGAUGUACCUGCAUUUCACGCCUGGUCUGGAGCAGGCUGGCGGAUGGGAUGUAAAGGGCCGGAAGGCCGUGUUGCUUGGAGAGAAGGGAGAUGAUCGGGUCAGUCUGACUACGAUGAAGGACGUUGGAACUCUCGUCCUUCAUACUCUCCUGAACUCCACCCCCGAGUCUCGCAAUCGAGCCCUUCGGGUCAACUCAUUCACAACCACCCCUGCAGAGAUCCAGGCCGAGUUCGGGCGCCAGACUACCAGUAAGAAAUGGGACUCCGUUUCCUAUACCCCACUGAACCGUCUGCGUGAGCUGGAGACAGCCGCGUGGGAGGCUGGUAACCCGGCCGCCACCGUCCUCACUCUGCGUCGCAUCUGGACCGAGGGUGGCACUCUGUAUACGCAGCGGGAUAACGGGCUGAUUGGAGAACCUCCGGUGAUGAACUUGCAGGAGGUGGUUGCCAAUGAGAUUCGCCGUGUCUCCUCUCUAUAG